GUUUCAAAGUUCACAUAUGAACUUCUUCCUACACUGCACAUGUGGUUUAUGAAUGAAACCUGAAUGAAAGAAGAAAUUAAGGGAAAAUAAGUGACAGGUUUGUGGAUAAAAACACUGACAAUGGCAGACAGGAAUGAGAUGACCAUCAACCUUGUUGUGCUUGGAAAGACUCAGACUGGCAAAAGUGCUGCUGGGAACAGCCUGCUGGGCAGCGCAGACUUCGAGAGCCGUCUGUGCCCCAGCUCUGUGACCAGGCGCUGCAGCCUGGGACGCAGCGCCCGCAUUUCGGGGCUCAUCCGGAGGAACGGCCGCGAGUCAGCGCUGCGCGUCCGAGUGCUGGACACCCCCAGCUACCCUCACAGUGCUCUGGGCAAACAGCAAGUGAGGGACACCGUGAGAGCAGCCCUGGCUCAGCACUUCGGGGAGCAAGGCCUGCACUUGGCCCUCUUGGUCCUCAGGGCUGACCUGCCUCUGUGUCCAGAUGAAAGCCAUGACACACUUCAGCUCAUCCAGGAACUUCUGGGUCCCAUGUGGAAGGAUUUCACUGCAGUCCUACUUACUCAUGCAGACAAGGCAAGAGAGGCUGGAUACAGUGAGGAAACAUAUUUGCAGAGCGCCUCAAGUACCCUGUUGUCACUUUUGAGCUCGGUACAGCAUAAAUACAUCUUCCUAGACAACCACAACAGCAUAAUUAGAGAGGAAAGAAAUAUUGUCUUAAGAAAGCUCUUGAAUUUCAUACAAAGAAAUAAUUAUCAAGUACUACUUAAACACAGCAAGGAAUAAAAUUAGCUUUAAGGUGCUCACUUGGCUAUUUUCUACAUUAGGUAGCAUCUAAUAGAAAUAAAAGAGUAAAAGCCAUCAACUGAAAAACUCCACAUCCAUACCAAACAUCUUUGAACACACAAUUAGAAAUAUCUCUUUAGCUUAUCAAACUACUUGCCUUCCACAGAGGACCUCACACUACUGCAUUCAAAAUCUAGAUUCAGCCACAAAAUCAGAACAAGCUAGGGAUCCAAAAUCAUGCUCCUAAUGUGUGUGUAGUUAUAAAUUGGAUUUUGCACUACACCAGACUGUAUAUUCCAGUUUACACAGAAUACAGAUCUGGAAAAAUAAAAUAAAAUUAAAAAAGAAAAAAAA